CUCCAACAUCAUCCAGCUGCUGACUGGAGAGGUACCAGUGGAGAGUACGUACUAGGUGGCUCGAAACGUAAUAGCGCGUCGCGGCCAUAUCCUGGAGCAUCGAUUUCAACUCUGUGCGAGAGGGAAGGUUCGCCAGAUUAUGAUGAUGAGGGGGAUAUGAAACAUAAUGUAGAAGCACCAUUAAGUUAUAAUAAUAAACCAAACCAGAUUGGGGCUGAAGGAGCAGAUUUUUGUGUCGACAGAAAUUUCACAAACCCUGAAAUUUCUCCAGCGGAACAGCCCCCACCGGCCAAUGGGAUUAAAGAGGAGGUGGCUUCAUGUGAAGGGGGAAACCAAUCAGAUUGCAGCAUUAAUCCCCUUACAGAACAGAUACAGGGAACAGACACACCUACUCCUAUCAUAGGAAACACUCUUGAUGAUACUUUGCCAGAAAGCCAAAACAAUGGCAGAAGAUCUAAUAAUAGGAGAAGAACGGGAGCGUUACAGAGGAUGUAUAAGUGCUCUGAGUGCCACAGAAAGUUUAGUAGCAAAGGCACAUUUGUCAGGCAUCAAAUAAGCAGCCACAAAAUAGAAAAAUGGGUUUCUCCCUCCAUAGAUGGGAAAUUAAUGGCACGGCGCUCAGACCAAGUGGGAUGUAAAAGCAAUGGAGACAAAUCCAUUACGUGUUCUGAAUGCGGGAAAAGUUUUACACGACGUUCAAGCUUUAAUGUGCAUCGCAGGGUUCACACAGGGGAGAAACCGUUUGCUUGUUCCGAGUGCGGAAAGUGUUUUAGGAAAGCGUCAGACCUUCAUUUACACAACAGGAUUCACACAGGAGAGAAACCAUUCACUUGUUCCGAAUGUGGGAAACGUUUCACGCGGAGCUCACACCUGCGUUCCCAUCUGAGAACUCACCUAGGGCCGAAGCCGUACUCCUGUUCCGAAUGUGGGAAAUCUUUUACACAACGUUCCGCCCUUUAUGCGCAUUACAAAAGUCACACCGGAGAGAAACUAUUUUCUUGUUCUGAGUGCGGCCAAAGCUUUAUGCAACUGUUGGACCUUAUUGUACACAGCAGGACUCACCAAGAAAAAACGUUCUCGUGUCCCGAAUGCGGGAAACGUUUCAUCAACCGCGCACUCCUUAGGAGACAUCAUCAAAUUCACACGGGAGAGAAGCCAUUCACGUGUUUACAGUGUGGGAAAGCUUUCACCUAUAGGUCGGACCGUAACAGGCAUCAAAAAUGUCACUUGGGAGAGAAACCGUUUUGUUGUUCUCAGUGUGGGAAACGUUUUACACGUCAGUCAGACCUUAAGAGACAUCACAGGAGUCACGCGGGAGAAAAGAAAGGAGAACUAAAGCCUAACUAAUGAAAUAGGGAAGAAAUGUUGUACAUUAUGUUUUGGGUUUCUG